CUCUGUCACACCAAUUUCAGCAAAUCCUAUCUUUCUCUUCUUCUUCCUUUUCUCUCUCAAUUUUUCUCGGAAAAUUCUCAGCACUAUUAUUAUUAUUCGCCGUUAUCAGUAACAUCACUAUUCACUGCCAUAAUCAUUUUGGUUGAUCUUCUUCUUCUCCUAGACGCAAGCUCGCUCGCAUUUCAUGGAUGGAAUGUACGGUUUUCAUUCCACGGGAGAGUACGCGUCGGACAAGGCCUUGAUGUCGCCGGACAACCCGAUCCUACCGUCCGAUUACCAUGCCUUGCUUUGUUCUUCGGGUCGGGUUCCGAUGUUUGGAUCCGACGAGUUGCUCUCCGCGGCCUCCGCCAUCUCCGAAGCUGCUUCCAUCGCGCCUGAAAUUCAACGGGAAGAAGACAUGACCAGCAUCAUCAAAGCCAGAAUCGCUUCGCAUCCUUCGUAUCCGCGCUUGCUUGAGGCGUACAUCGAUUGCCAGAAGGUCGGAGCACCGCCGGAGAUAGCAUCGGUUUUGGACGAAAUUCUGAGAGAGAAUGAUGUUUACAAGCGAGACGCGGUGCCGACGUGCUUGGGAGCAGAUCCUGAGCUCGACGAGUUCAUGGAAACCUACUGCGAUAUCUUGGUCAAAUACAAAUCCGAUCUCUCAAGGCCCUUUGAUGAAGCGACUACCUUCUUAAACAAGAUUGAGAUGCAGCUCCGGAAUCUCUGCACCGGCGCCUCUGCUAGAGGCACUUCCGGCGAAGAAGGAACUGGCUCCUCAGAUGAGGAUGUCAGUGGCGGGGAGCUAGAGUUACAGGAGGCUCAAGUGAGGAGUGAGGACAGAGAUCUUAAAGACAGGCUUUUACGUAGGUUUGGCAGUCACAUUAGUAACUUGAAGCUGGAGUUUUCAAAGAAGAAAAAGAAAGGAAAGCUGCCAAGAGAAGCAAGACAAAUGUUGUUUGAUUGGUGGAAUCUUCACUACAAAUGGCCAUAUCCUACGGAAGCUGAUAAGAUGGCGCUAGCCGAAUCAACUGGGCUAGACCAGAAGCAGAUUAACAACUGGUUCAUAAACCAACGGAAGCGUCACUGGAAGCCAUCUGAGAACAUGCAAUUUUCAGUUAUGGAUAACCUUUCUGGUCAGUUCUUAACGGAUGACUGAGUUGCAUGUACAUUCUUAAAUAUAUCUGAAGAUAAUUUAUUGCUCGUACGUGUUGCAUCUUUUAUGUUUAUUCUUAAUGCAGAGUUGCAUACUUUACUGUUAUUGGGAUGUUUGCUCCCUAGGAAAUGAAAUAAAUUUUGUAAUUUGUUCCGUGUAUAUUCCUCCAAUUGCACAGUGGUGAUAAUGAAAAUACUUCCCUGGCUUGGAGUAGUGUUCUAGCCAUUCGUUUGGUGGUUUUUAAUUUAUCUGUUUAAUUUCUGUAAUAUUGCUACACCUAAUUAAUUAAUUAAUUAAUU